AACUUUAACCUGAAGGUUACUCUUCCUGGUUUGAAAGAAGACACACAGAUCUUUAAAAUAAGAUUGCAGCCUGGCCCUCCUCGUCAACUGAAAGUAAAACCGGAUUCUGAAAUUCUAAAGAUUGAAAAUGGUACAGCUUUCCCCUUUCAGGUUGAAGUACUGGAUGAAUCGGGAAAUAUAACAGCACAGCCAAAGUUGAUCGUUCAUUGUAAGUUUUUAGGUGCUUCAAACCUUCCUGUGUAUUCUGUGGACUGCAGCAAUGCAGGAACAAACAUUUUAACUGGUCCAGUUAUACAUGUACAGAAUAUCAAGAAAGACCAGAUACUGAAAGCAAGGAUAGAAAUUCUUAGUUGUAAAGAUGUGCCAGCAGUGGAAAAGAUUAUUAAACUUCUUCCUAGCAGUCAUGUUGCAAGACUGCAGGUCUUAAGUAUGGAUGGACAAAAAGCUCUUCAAAUUAAACAUCAGGAUGAAAUUCAUUGGGUUGCUGGCGGUGUCAUGCACAACCUUAUAUUUCAGAUGUAUGAUGAAGGAGAAAGGGAGAUACACAUAACUCCAGCUAUGGCAGAAAAAAUCAAGGUUAACUGGACGCCUAAAAUUAACAGAGAACAGUUGAUUCAGGGAUUAUUACCCGAUGUAAAGGUACCAACAUCAGUAAAAGACGUGCGUUACUGUCUGAUUACUUACCUUGAUGACCACGUGUCUUUGGAGAGUGCGUUCACAGUCAGACCACUUCCUGAUGAGCCCAAGCACAUUAAAUGUAAAUUAAAGGGACCAAGCACGCUGCAGAUGGGUGAAGAACUACAAGGCGAAAUCGAUGUAAUGAUUACGGAUCAACAUGGAAACCAGGUUCAGACGGUGACAUCUGCGUGUGUAAAUUCCCUAGGAGUGUCUGGGCCUGGACUUGAUAAAUCAAAUUUGAAAAUAACUUGGCAGGAAAGUACUCAAACAAUGACAGUAAAAGGCAUUCGGUUUAAACCUUGUUUGCUUGGAAGCAAAGAAUUGUGCUUCGCUUGGCGUGAAUUUUCUGACUUUCUCAGAGUAAAUUUAACUGCAGGAUCCCCUGCAAAAUUGCAGUUUGUGGAUUGGCCAGAGUUAGAAACGCCUGUUGCAGUGAUUAAUGGUAGAGAAUUGCAGAAGCCCCUUAUUGUUCAGCUGUGUGAUCAGUGGGGAAAUCCGUCUCCUGAGCCUAAUGUCAAAAUCAGCCUUACAAAGAGUAACAGCUUAAAGAUUGUUCCUUCAAACCAGCAACAUAAAACAGAUGAAAAUGGUAGGGCUAACCUGGGAGUUAUUAGUAUUCAUGCACCUAGGGGAGAGCACACUUUACAGCUUAAAGCCUCAUACAACAAGACCACAUUAGAUUGUCCCAUAAUCAUAUUAAAUGUCCUGCCUGAUCCUGAGAAACCUGUCUACUUGAAUGUUAAAUAUGACAAAAAUGCUUCUUUUCCAGCAGGAGGUACCUUCCCUG